AUGGAAGUAGAGAUACAGUCUGAUUUUAGCUCAUAACUUAAAGGCUAUAUCAGCAAUAGAUCAAUCAGGCAAAGUUCUGAAUUGAGAAAUGAUAAGAAACUGCCUGAAAUAGGAAAUCUAAAGCUUGAAAGAUCAUUAUUCAAGUCAAGAAACAAUUUAAAUACUUCUUAAAGAAAUGUUUACAGAACUAAUGUUCCUAACUAACCUCUUAAAUAAAAUUACUUGAGUACUUCGUUUCAGGCUAAUACAAUGAUCGAUUCUUAAAGUAAAAAUAGUGAGAUAAAACUUGACCCGCCAAGUUCAUCCAGAAACAAUAGGAUGCAAACUAAAAUUAAUCGAAAUUUUAGCAUUUUUCAAACAGCUCAGGAUAAAUUCAGCGAAUCUUAAGUUUUAGAUAUUCCACAGAAGAAAGAUAAAUGGGGGAUAGAUGGAUAUAUGAUUAGAAAAUUUGAUCCAUUUUUAGAUAAAACUUAGUGCGUAAAGAUUAAAGAUAGCAAAAUAAAAUCCUUUAUUGAUGAUGCAGUUAAAUAAAGAGACUUUAUGCCAUCCCCUUAGUCUUAUGAUGUCAGAUCAAGUCUUAUAGAUAAUAAAAAUCACAGUUUCGGAGUUGGAUAAAGAAUUACUAUUCCUGUUUUAAUUGAAUAAAGAGAAAAAAAGGAAUUGAAACCAGGGCCAGGUGCCUACAAUGCAAAAUAAUAAUAAAGGCGAAUCUUAGGAGCAUUUAAUCUGAGAGAUUAGAAAACAACAGGAUUUAUAGAAGAAGCAAUGUAUAGAUCGUCUUAAAGUCCGACCUCAUAUGAAUGCAAUUAUGAUAUCGUCUAGGAAAAAUCUCCAAAAGUUAAAAUGCUUCCUCCAAAAUACACAGCCAAGGAUAUUUCUAAAAUAGAAAAAAAUGAUCUUCCUUCACCUACAACUUAUAAUCCUAAUGAGAGUUUUAAUUAGACUUAGACUAGGCAGAGUAUAGUUAAAAUCCACAAAGGAACUAUUUUAAAAUUUAUUGAUAAUUAUGCAAAAUCUAGAAAGUUUGUACCAGGAGCCGGAACUUAUAAUCCAGACUCAUGUUAUAAUUUAAUUACUAAAGGAGCAUCCAAAGGAUGGAAAUGA